CUCAGCCUGGCCUCAGGCAGAGAAGGCAGAACUUCAUUGUCUGAUCUGCAUGACUCACACAGAUAGGUGGGGCUAGAUCAUUCCCAAAAAGAUGAGAUAAAAAGAAAUUUUCAAGCUUAAUUUUGGUCUUGCUAAUCUGAAAAUGGAUUUGCUAUUUUCAACUUCCUGCCACAGGCAAGUGAACAAGGAGUCAGGGUUGUGUUGGCAGACUGAGAGGUACGGAGAGGGGUAGCAAAGAGCUGCUGUAGUUUCUUUUGCAUUCCAGUAACUGGCUUCCUUCCUCUGCCUGGGUCAGGACAUGCCCAGGAACUGGGCUGCUGGGAAUUAGCCAGGCUGUGAUCCAGAGAAAUGCCUGGAUACUGCCUCUUGGGAAAGUGAUUUCAAAGCAGAAUAUCCAGCUGUGUGUACUGCCCCUAAACAACAGGACUGCAUGGAAACAACAGCCAGGAGCCUGAUUUUCCUAAGGAAUCACAACUUCUGCAAGGAGAUAUGCUGAGCAUUGGCACAAAGUAAAAAUCCAGCUGCUAAUUUCCUUUUCUGUAGCAUUCAGUUGCAGGGCUGACCCUCCUUCCUUUCCAGGCAGGAAGGGGAGAACAGCCUGGAAAACAGUCCAGCCUUCAGCUAAUGCUCCACUUCUCAUAGACAAACAUGCUCUUUACCUUGCUGCUAUCUUAAGUCAAUAUUUCCCCAACAAUGUUGUCAGCUUUCCAGUCUGAUGCCAUGAAUUGAUUUCCAUUAAAUCGGGGACUGUUUAUGUUCCACAUAAAGCACUGUCUGCAGAGUGGCCCCUCAAGCCCUGGUAGCUCCUACGGAAGUACAACAUGGAUCAGCUCAGUGCCACUUCCAGCUGCUACAACCUGUGCAGGCCACAUGGCUCUGGCAGCAAAGAUGGGGAGAACCAGUGUAGGGUGUCUCUUGCUGGUUAAUUAGUGUCUCCCAGCAAUUUCAGGAAAAAGUGCAGAGUUUCAACUGGUGAUAGAAAAAUGGGAAUAGAUGCCAGUGGCACAAUCAUACUCCAAACCACUGAAAGGGAAUAUCUUGACUGCUGAUGCAAGAUAAUAUCACAUCACUGCUCUCUGCAUGUGGUGCUAUGUGGCCAAGUUAAUGCCUGUCCUAUGGAUUCAGGGUCCCAGCAUUCACAUGUCUCAUGGAAAAGGUGGGUUAAAUGGAAAAUGCAGGCCUGGGGUAGCAGCCUGUGUAACCAGCAUAGCUUUUGCAUGGGUCAGGAGAGCACAUUUCAAAACCAAGCUCCCUUGUUUCUGUGAAAAGGGCACAUUGCAGGAUUUGCGUGUGCCCUUCUGCUCAGCUCACCAGGCUGUCGUGGAUCUUUUGCUGUUUCCAUGACUUGCUGGCCCCUCCUCUGGCUCCAGGCAUUUGAAGCUGAGCCCUUUGGCCAAACAGUCCUUGCUGAAAUGUCAAUACACUGCCAGAACACUGGCUCACAGGGUUCAUCAUGAUUUCCAGGCAGUAUGUGGCUUUGUUUCUCUGCUUUCUGCUACUGAUCCCUCUUUCUCUGGAUGCAGUCUUUCUAAAGCAGGAAGAGGCAAGCCACGUUUUGCAAAGACAAAGACGAGCCAACAGCUUCUUUGAAGAGAUAAAACGGGGGUCACUAGAGCGAGAAUGCAUAGAAGAAAGGUGCUCCUAUGAGGAAGCAAGAGAGAUUUACGGUGAUGUUGAAAGGACAGAAGAGUUCUGGCACAUCUAUUCCGACCCUAACCAGUGUGACUCCAACCCUUGUCAGAAUGGUGGGAUUUGUGAUGACCAGUUCCAGGAUUAUGUUUGCCGCUGUCCCGUCGAAUACGAGGGCAAAAGCUGUGAAAAAGCUGUGGCUGACAAACUGAAGUGCAUUUUUGACAAUGGUGGCUGUGAACAGUACUGUACUGACAAGCAGUCCACAACACGACUGUGCUUCUGUGAUGAUGAUUACACUUUAGCAAGUGAUGGCGUGUCCUGCAUCCCUCAAGUGAAAUACCCUUGUGGAAAAAUACCAGUGUUGGCAAAAAAAAAUUCAACUGCACGUGGAAGAAUAGUAGGUGGUUUCAUCUGUCCUCCAGGUGAAUGUCCAUGGCAAGCCCUUAUAAUACAGGAUCAGAAAGAAAAGUGUGGUGGCACGCUGCUUUCCCCAGGGUGGGUGGUCACUGCAGCUCACUGCUUGGAGCACGUUCACCCUAAACAGCUUCGGGUCAGACUGGGUGAACACAAAAUAAAUGUUGAUGAGAAAACUGAGCAAGACAGUGGAGUGGCCAGGAUGAUCAUUCACGAAGAGUACAGGAAUGAACAGGUCAAUAAUGAUAUUGCCCUCCUGAAACUGGAAACACCCGUGAAUCUCACUGACCAUGUGGUGCCAAUAUGCCUGCCUGAGAAAAGGUUUGCUGUGUAUGAACUGUCCACCAUCAAGUUCUCCACAGUAAGCGGAUGGGGACGCCUAAUAGAUGGAGGUGCCACUGCUUCUGUCCUGAUGAGAGUUGAUGUGCCACGUGUAAAGACACAAGAAUGUGAAAAGGAGACUGAUUUAAAUAUCACAGAGAAUAUGUUCUGUGCAGGAGAUCUGUCUGGGGUGAAGGACUCCUGCAAGGGAGACAGUGGUGGUCCUCAUGCUACACGGUACAAGAACACUUGGUUUCUGACUGGGAUUGUCAGCUGGGGAAAGGGCUGUGCUGUUCAAGGCAGCUAUGGGGUUUACACUAGGGUAUCCAAAUACAUCGACUGGUUGAGGAAGCACAUGGACUAAUGAUGCUGAGUCACAUCAUUUCCAGGUUGUGCUAUUGCCCCCCAGUCCCUCUCUACCAUUUUCCCCUUGAAGGAUUCCUUCAUUAUCUUAGAUAUUUGAUACAGACCAUACCCACAACACUAUUAAAGAUUUGAAGUGAACCUAAGGCCUGCUUGAAUACAUAAAAUAACUUCCCUCUCAGUGUUGUUUGUAAAAUGGUGUAUCUUGUCAAGCAGGCAGAGAAUGACCAUAACAAAUCAGACACAACGUCCCUCCUGUUCUGCAUCCAUUUCUGCUAAAGGUCAGAGCUACAUGCUGAGAGAAAGACUGUCAGCAACACAUCAUGCAGACCAUAAGCCUUCCUCCAGCUACACUCUCAGCCUCUGGUAAUCAGUGAAGUACAGACUUCCUGAGCCAGAAGUUGCAUUAGACUGAACAGUCAUGAAUGAAUGUGUUGUCCAUAAUUGUGUGCAAUCUCCUUUGAACACAUUUAUGCUUCUGGCUUUCAUAACUUCCUAUGCUAUGGAUCCUGUAAUAUAAUGAUGAAAUAGCAGAAAUAAAAAUAGAAAAGGUGCUUCCUUUAGCUUAUGUUAGAGCAGCUUUCUCCAACAGUUGCAGUGGCAACAGGGAGAUUUGAAGGGGAGGAACUGCAGACACUCCCCAAGACAAGAAAUCUGGGAAAAGGUUGAUUCCAUAUUUACAGGUCUGCUAUGAAAACUUGAUUUAAAUCUUCUUGCACCAAGCACUAUUGCUGUAAGGCUCGUAAGUGCAAUAUUUAACCCUAUAUUUAUGAGUGGUAAAGAAUACCACUGAUUUAAUCUUAUCUUUGCCUUGGUAUUAUGCAUAUUGAUAGAAAGAGUGCAUAUGAAAGGGAAUGUUUAUCAGUUGUCCAGUAUAAUCUCAAUUGUACUCUCUAUCCUGAGAUCUAAAACCAGAACAGGAUAAUAAUCUACCCCUCCGCAAAACAGUGACCAAAGACCAUUCACUAAAGUCU